UUCAUGCAUGACAUGCACGCAUUCAGAGUUGCAAAACAUGCACGCAUUCAGAGUUGCAAAACAUGUGAUAUAUGACUUUGAAAAUUUUGUUUUCUUCUCCAAACCACCCAUUUUUAUAAUCCCUCUGCGUGCAGUGGUUUUUUCAUCUUGAUUCGCAAGAAAAAUGGCGUCGCUGAGGAGAUCAGACAUUUCGUUCAGGAGGCAGGGAUCCUCUGGAAUCGUAUGGGGCGAGGGUUCUAUUCCCCACAAGAAAAACGCAGCAAGACCACCUUUAUCGACCCACAAUUCAAAAUAUUCUGCAGCGCUAAUGGAGGAACAGAGAUCUUCCAGAGAGUUUUUUCAUAGCAGAAGCACUGGAUCUGUAGAAACCCCCAUGGAGUACUUUCAUACUCGAAAAUCUCAAGAUAGAGAUUCGAACCCUGCUUCUCACAAAUCUCGCUUUAGGUUUGGCAGAUGGGUCAAGAGGGUUUUGUCAAAACCCCAUUGAAAGGAAUUCAAUGGUGGAUAGUUUCUGUUGAAUUUCUGUAAGUAAAUCCAUUUGCAGUCGCCGCCAUGAAAUAUGUUUAUGAUCUCUAGAUUGUAUAAGAGGAUUUAGUGCAGACUGGACUGUCAUGGAUCUUGAUAACAAGACAUACUUUUUAUGUAUUAUUAUUAUUAUUAUUAUUCUUAAUGGCCUCUGUAUGAUGUACUGCAGAAUCCUAUGAAAUUAUUAUAUAGAAUAAGAGUUUCUGGGUU